AUGUAAGAUAAUGACUCAGAAAAGGUUAAAUGUGAUUAAAAAUCAUCACUUAAUCUUGCAAGUAUCAGCUUAUAACCAACCCUCUAUGGAAGUACUUUCAAGAAUUCAAAUAGACAACUCAUUACUGAAAGGUAUAAAACACUCUGUUAUAACGAACAAAGUACAAACAAAAUAUUGCUAAAUAGAAAUCAUCUGCACAGAUAAAGCUAGCAAGCCUCUCAGAAAUCAUUAGAUUUUCAAAAAUUACCAAAAUAAAACAGUUUUCAAGUAUUUAGGGAUGAGAUGGAAAAAAGGAGCAUGAUUAUCAGAAAUCAAAAAGCAGAUCCUAUAAAGUGCAAAAAAAUGCUAUAAGCCAAACCUGUCGAAGUUCAAUAAUAGAACCUAUAGUAUACCAAUCUUAAAUAAAGAGCAAGUUAAUUUGAAAUUCAAAAGCAUGAGAAACGAAGGAUUCUAUAAAUGAAAGCUAAUUUAAGACAUCAUUCUUAAGAUAGAGCAUCUCAUUCAAAGAACUAAGUCAAAAUGCAUGAUAUAUAAUCAAUUAAAUUAAAGGAAAGCAGGUCAACGUUUAUUUAAACUGAAACUGAAUAGUCCUUAUCACAGAAUAACAAUUAAACUAUAGUAAUAGCUGAAAAAAUAAAAGAAUCUAUUGAUGAAUUAGAGGAAUUAGAUUUGAAUCUCAAUUUACUUACAUUAGAGGGUAAUAAAAAAAGAAGGAAGAGUAUGGCGAAUAAGCAUAAAUCUAGCAUUACUCCAUUUAACUUUAAAAUAAGCGAUCUGAAAAAGAAAAAAUCGAUAGAUAACUUUGAAUUCGCAUUUUAGUCAUAGUUUAAAAAGUAGAAAAUUCCGGUAAAGAAAAAGAAAUUAGUUAGGUUUAAGAGCAUAGUAUCAAGCAAUAUAAAAUAGAUUGAAAUGAUUUCUAGCAAGAGUAGUAUAGAUAGUGAUAUAAAAAUUCCUAUUAAUAUUGUACCAUACGGAGAAUUCAAGAAAACUUAUAAAUAACCUUUAGAUUAGCUUGUUGAAUCAGACUCUGAUGAGGAAAAAUAAAGCGAAGAUGAAUUGAAUCAAAAAGUAGUUGAAUUAAAAAAACUUCCUCCCAUUAAAAUCUUUAAAAGAGAUGGCACCUAAAAAUCCCCAGACUAUUCUCCAAGUAAAUUAUAAUUGAACUAAGUUUUUUAGCAUUAUAAAAUUGGAAAGGUAUAUCAAGCACUAGAAAGUAUCAUUUAGGAACCUUGA